CUCCCUUUAGAAAAGCGGGAUAACGUUUGGGAGGGAAACCUGGCUGACCACGCCAAUAACUCCGGAGAUUCAGCGCCAGACAUUUUCUGAGGAUUAUAUUCACCUGAACGUUCAGGACAAAACGUUGCGCAAUAGCGUUGGCAUUUCGGUGUCCUAUUUCUGCUCAAAGCCAUGCGUCGUAACUUUGGAAGCGAAAGCCUCCUUGGAAUUCAGGAACACCAUGUCGGUGUACAAGAAACGAUGGGAAGGCGGUCACGUCCGGAAGAAUCGAACCGUCAGCUUGACGUUCCCAAACAGCAUGGUCUUCAGAGACGAUUAUCUGAUCAAGCGAUCCUUAAAUGUAGACUAUGUGAUUCUCUAUGCCUGGAUUACUCACAAGGAGGCCAUGGUGCACCAUGCUCCGCGAGCGGAAAGCUACUGGCAUGCCGUUGUACGGGAUUACAGUUUUUUGGAUCCGGUUCCACCUUUCGAGCGUCCCUACAAGGAGCAUAACAGGUGCUUGACGUGGAACACGGAACAGGCAUGGAAACUCCAAGCCAACAGGAUACCUCGGUGUCCUCGCGAAAAUGAUCUGAUGGAGAUCAACUUUCCAUAUGCAUCUAGUGGAGAGGGGACAGGCAUUGUGAAGAAGUUUCAGAAGUUUAAAAACCGAGAGCUUGAAGCCAUGCGGAAACAUCACCUUAGUUAUCCAACCUUUACAAUCUCACUAUGGCUUUAUUUACUGCACUUCUGUGAGAGAGCGUUGUGUGGCAUCCUGUAUUUCAUCGAUUCAGGAGAAAUGUACGGCACCCCUGCUUUAUUUCUAACCAAUGAAGGUAAGAGGAAAAAAAUUCCAGGUGGACUGAAUUAACACUGCCUUAAGAUA